UCUUUAUCUGGAAGAUAAGCAAACACGGAACAACUAAAUUCUUCAUUUUGUUGCUGUUUAGUUUUCUCUCUUUGCUGAAUGGAAAGAAGUUUCAGUUUGGUAUUUUUUAAUUUAAUAAUUAAUUUUUUUUUUUUUUUUUAAUAAGUCUGCACGGAGACAGAGAGAGGUAAUCCUUCCACAGUCAUCUGAUCAGUCCCCUAAACUCAUUCGAGACAACACUGCCAUCUAGAGUACAGGAAGGCGUUUAUUUAAAAGAAGAAAAUAAAGAUUCAGAAAGUCUUGCUACCUUUAUUUUUCGUGUUUGUGUUUAACAUUGAACAUAAGAGCUUCACACUCUUCUUCUUUAUUCUUCGUCCUCUCAAAAAUCAUUUUGAGGUCUUCACCUGGAGCUUUUCUGACAGUCCUAAAGUAGUUUUUCCCGAUGCCCUCCGCAUCCUGCACCUCCUUUCAUGAUUUUGAACUAUGAGUUCACAGAACAAUUGAAUGAGUCUUGUGCUAAAUGUAUUUUCCUCUACAACAAGACAAACACAGUGUCAGCAGUGGCACAGCAUUUCCUCUCCUCUGGCUCUGCGCACAGAGGCAGGUGGACAAACGCGAAGACGCCAGAAGGAAAAAGGAGAUUUUUUUCUUCUUCUUCUAAAAAUCAAUAUCAUGAUGUUAUGGAACAGGAAGUACCAGGAGUUUGACCUGGUGGUCAGCUCGGUUACCACAAAGGUAAAGGGUGUGGCUCAGGCGCCCCUGCUCGGGGUCGGGAACGUGGUCUGGGAUGAGGUGGACUACAGCGGGCCUUGGAAGGGGAAGAACACCUUCUUUGUGGUGACCAACGUCAUUGUGACAAAGAAUCAGAAGCAGGGGAAAUGUGCGCAGGUUCCUCUCAAAGGCAGAUUCUGUCGCACUGAUAAGGAGUGUGAGAAAGGAGCCUGGGACCAGCAGAAACAUGGGAUUCAAACGGGAUCGUGUGUGAAGUUUGAUUUAUUGAAGAAAACCUGUGAAGUUUCUGCGUGGUGUCCGAUCGAAACCAGAACGACCCCUCCAAGACCUGCUCUGCUGGCAGCAGCUGAGAACUUCACCGUCCUCAUCAAAAACAACAUCCGAUUCCCAGCUUUCAACUACAUCAGAAGGAACAUCCUCCCGGAGAUGAACGACGCCUACCUGAGGAACUGCCACCGAGGAAACGACUCCUUGUGCCCCAUCUUCAGACUGGGAGACAUCGUCCGAGAGGCCGGGGAAAAGUUCUCUGAGAUGGCAGUAGAGGGAGGCGUCAUCGGCAUCCUGAUCAAAUGGGACUGCAACCUCGACCGGCUCAUGCAGCGCUGCCUCCCCAGAUACUCUUUCAAGCGACUAGAUGAAAAAGAGAGCAACAAGACGCUCUAUCCGGGCCUCAACUUCAGGUUUGCAAAGUACAACACUGUGAAUGGAGUGGAGGAGCGAACACUCUACAAAGCAUUUGGGAUCAGAUUUGAUGUCAUGGUAUUCGGACAGGCGGGAAAGUUUAGCUUCAUUCAACUCAUCAUCUACAUCGGCUCAACGCUGUCCUACUACGCCCUGACGACCAUCCUGAUCGACUGGUUGAUUGGAACCAGCUGUUACUCUACAGAGGUCGGUCAAAACUACUCUGAAAGGAAAGUGGAAUCAAUCCAAGAUAAAGAGAAGUGCAUCCUUUGUGUUUCAUACAUUGAUGAGAACAACCUUCGACUGGUAAAACGCUCACAAAAGAAAAGUUUACAGGUCAUCAAACCGAUGUCUGUUCAGCCACGUAAGGAGGAUCCAGGACACUUGAGAGCCAUUCUCUGCCUCCUACAGCCAAGUGAUGACACGAAUGAUGAUGUUCAGCCUUCCCUUGACAAGAAAACCAACCCAAAUGCCAAACCCAGUCGUCCAGCCUGGUGUAUGUGUGACUUCUGCGCUCCUUCCUCCCUCCCGGAGGAGGAGUUGUGCUGCAGACGGACCGAGGGCACCUGCAUCACCUCGUCUCCUCUGUUUGGGCAGCUGGUGCUGCGGCGCUCCCUGCUGGAGGCAGUGCUCCUGUACCAGGAUCCCCUGUCUCCUUCAGUGAAAAAGCUUCAGACUGCCGCCCUGCGUCACUGUGCCUACAGAGAGUAUAUCAGCUGGAGGUUUGGGGUCCCACCCAAUGACACCCAUCCUGCCAUCCCUAGCUGCUGCGUGUGGAGAAUCAGGAGGGAGUACCCGAGCCCAGAUGGACAGUACAGUGGUUUCAGACCUGUAAAGAUGACUUCCAUGCAAGCCUGCGAAAACGGAGAACUAUGAGAGGAGUGUUUUCACUUUACAGAGCAGGGAAGCCCUCACUAACUGACCUACUAACAAUGUUCACAUGUACCGUCUGCCUUACAAAGCAAAACAAAAAUGCAACAACUUUACUCAUCUGUGCGGAAAAUGAAACUUAAUCAGUUUGUCAGCUUGUGUUUGGUGAAGGAAAACUUCACUAAGUCAAUAAAUUACUGCAUUUUCUCAAA